AUGGCAGUUAAAAACAAAAUAACCAUCGAGCAGAAAUAUUUAGAAGUCGGCCAUACACAAAUGGAAGUGGAUGCUAUGCAUUCUUUAAUAGAACGGAGAAUGCGUAAUAGAAUCAUAAAUGUUCCUGCGGACUAUCUUCAAAUUAUUGAGUCUGCGCGCACUAAUCCAUUUGAUGUCAAGUAUUUGGAACAUACUUUUUUCAAAGAUUUCCGUAAUAUUUCGAGCUACAAAAGCAUUCGCCCUGGACGAUCAUCGGGAGACCCUAAAGUCACCGAUAUUCGCGCACUCAUGUAUUCUUCAUCAGGAGAAAUUUCAUAUAAGUUGCGGUUUGAAGAGCCAUGGAUGCUGCUACCCCAAAGAAAAAGCCCUUAUUCAGCAAAAAGUUUUGAGGAAAUGCAAAAUUUGUACCAAACUAGACUGAAAAUUAAAGCUCGAAAAUAUGAUGACCUUCAACAAAUUAAAGAAGUCCUGCCAGCAGAUUUCAGAGAAUUUUACAACAAUUUACCGCAUAAUUAA